AUGAAUGUAUCGGAUAAUAAAUCAAAAUUAUCAUUAUCAUCAUCACCAAUUUCUAUUUAUCAUAAUUCGAAAUUUUCAUUUGAUGAUGUUGAAUCCGUACUUGAACCUUUAUUUGGAAAUUAUUAUGGUAUUUCAGAAUUACGUGCCAUAAUUUCUAACGUGGAUCAUAUAUGGUGUGCUUAUAAUACAACAAAAAAACAAUAUGUUGCUUGUGCACUUGUACGAACCUAUAAUACGGAUAAAGUACUUUUUAUCAAUUUAUUUGGCGUUACACAAGCCUGUCAAGGUCAAGGUAUUGGCACACGUUUACUGAAGGCAAUUAAAAAUUGGGGACAAAAACAAAAAUAUGUUGCUAUUAUUUUACAUACACAAGUAGAUAAUUAUAAAGCAAUUGGAUUAUAUGAAAAAGUUGGAUUUUAUAAACAAUAUUAUAUUACAAAUUUUUUUCCUCCACGUGGAUGUCUUUCAUUUUUCCGGUCUCAUGGAUCGGAUGCAUAUGAAAUGAUAUUAUAUUUGUAA